GUUCAUUUGGUUAUUUUCUUUCUGGAAUGCAGUGUGCCAGUAGUGUUUGUUUUUGUUAUCCUUGUUCCCUCCUUACCCUGCUCCUGGGCAGGAAAGUGCUAGCAGCCUUGCUUCAUAGGUUGGCAGGAAAUUUAAAACAGCAGUAAGCUGCUCCUCGGACCACCCCCAGACUUUUUUUUUUUUUUUUUUCCCAUUGAUGCAGGAGACUAUUUAAUUGGGGGCUGACUUGUCAAACUCACCCUUUGACGCUUACCAGUAGCUGCCUAACCACUAACGGUGAUUUUUUGCCUCUCUUCCUCCUCUUUUGGACGAGCUCGCCACAAUGAAGAUGCUGCUGAGCCUGAUCGCUCUGCUCUCUGCUGCCCUGCUAGCCCGUGCAGCCCCUCCAACUUGCUACUCCAGGGUGUUGUCUCUGAGCAAAGAAAUCACAGAGUCUUUUAAGGAGUUGCAGACCUCCAAGGCUGCGGACCCAUGUGUGGAGACGCUGCCCAGGCUGUACUUGGACAUCCACAAUUACUGUGUGCUGACAAAACUCCGUGAUUUUGUGGCCUACCCCAGAUGUGAGAGAGUGAUUGAAGUGAGUGAUCUGAAGGAAAAAGCCCGUAGCCUGUACACCAUUAUGAUCUCCUACUGUAGAAGGGACUUGGUGUUCCUCACCGAUGACUGUAGUGCUCUGGAAAAUUCUGUUGAGACCUCUGAUGAAAUUGACAGCUAAAAUGGAGUCAGACCCAAAGUUGUACCUGGGAAAUAUUCACAGAGACCAAGAGUCAAAAUAUAUACACACAGUCAGCUACAACAUUAACUGCUAAAAUAUUUUUCAAGCACACUAGCAAUAUUGUCUCAGACCUACCCAUUUUUCUCAGCCUUGGCAGGAAAUGAACUGCAUGCCUUACAUACCUACAGAGCUGCUAGGAAAACUAUGGUUAGAAAGCAUUUUUUUCAUUUGGCAAGGUAUGAUAUUUCAGCUUAGCCAAAUGUAUAAAGUAUGUUUUGUUUAAACACUAGGUACUAGAUUUUAAAACUCUUUUAUGAAUAGCUAGACUCAUAGAAAAUGUAUUAUGAUCAAUAUUCUAUCCUGACUUAGAAGUUCUUUUAUCAGAUGGCCAUGGAAGGAACCUUGUUUUCUUGUGUUCUUGCUUUUCUUAAAGGAGGAGUAUAACUGUGUACUGGCAGAAGUAUAGCUCAUAUGUAUAUGCUGAUAGUUUUUGAUGUCAGACUUGUAAGAACAGAGGUGAAAGUAUCUUGUCUCGGUGAAAAAUAAAUAAAUAAAUAAAUAAAAACAGCCUUCUAACCCAAGAUACGUGUGUUACAUCAUGUCUUUCAAGAUCAGCCCAAAAGGUGUGAUUCUUAUAAACUUUUCACAGGCACUUGCAAGUUGUUUUUCACAGCAUAAACCAUCUUUAGCUUUGUUUCCAUGGUAAUGCAAACUUUGCUGUGUCUGCAUGAUUCGGCAAUGUAUAAGUUUCUACUUGGAGAAAUUUUCUUUACUGAAAACAAUUUCUUUAACAAAAUUAGUGGAUUCUUUUUUAAAUACUGUUUCUGUGUUAUGAGAAUGUAAGCUGUGAGGCAGUGGCUCAGAAAGCUUAUUCAAUGUUUGGACAGAUUGCUAUGCUUCCAAGACACAACUGAUAUACUGAGCUACUGAGAUUAAUAAAAUUUCCAGAUGGUAGUAGUUCAAGAGUCAUGGGUCCCUUCAGCAUCUUCAGGACAUGAGUCCUCCACAUCUGGCAGCUCUUUGGUGCCAAAAAUAAAAAGGAACUUUCCCAUACUCUUGGAACUAGUUGCAAUUACCCGAUAGGGUCCUGUCCAAGUGGUUCCUCUCUCUCUUGUACAGUAUUAUAUAGUCUGGUCAUGCAAUAGUACAGUAUUAUAGUCUGAUCAUUCCUCUGCAGCGUUGACAACUCUGGUGACCUGGUGAGUGGCAUGUCUUAUAAAAACACCACCUUCUGCAAGGUUGGGGGAUUACGUAGCAAUCACAGCUCCUCUAUUAUCUUCUGCUAUUUCAGUGAAUAUCUGAUUCUAUAAACCAAAAUGAUUGACAACUUUUAUGGAAACAAAAGGAUUAUAAUAAAAAAAGUGUUUUGUUGU